AUAGCCUAUGUCUUAAAGACGCCAGUAACUUUUUCUUCUCUGGGUCUCAUCGCAUGAGGAAUUUAUACCCCGCAGCUCCAGCAUUCAUGCUUCAGUCAUUCAUUCAGUCAGUCAGUCACAGUGGGGUUAUAUGAACCCCUCCUCCAGAGACGUCACACAAGCGGAGGUAGAUGAAUGUCUCAUCCAACCAGUGAAUUACUGAAGGUCCUUCAUCACAGUACCUGCAUGAGGUGUAGACUUCUGUGUGCAUGAGUCAGGAGCGCAUCAUAGACCUGCAUUUACGCGUGGCGAGGAUUGAUGUUCAGUCGUUCAGUGCGCAUUGCGCUCCACGAUAUGCGUGACUGAGGAGCUAUAUAUCCACCGCAGAAUCACACUCAAAGAAGACUGUCCUUCAUAUAUAUCCACUGGAUAGAGGCGAACUCACUACACAUGGACGAUCAUCUGAAGAAAUCCGAGAGGAAUAUUAAAGUUUGGGAACUGCUGAAAUGCGUUUGGAAACCAAGAACCUCUCAGAGACACGCGGACAUGACUCUUGAAGGCUGUUCUGUUGCUCAUUGAGAAAUUGUUGAGCAUGUUUAAUGUCUUUCUGACGCUUUAAAUGGAUUGGUUUUGUAUGAAGGAUGGUUAUAUAGCCGAAGAAAGAGACACAAGUGAACCUUGGAACUGAAGAGGGUUGAGCGCAGUUCAUAGUAAAUGAUCAAAAGUGGUGCAUAAUUGCAAAACCAUAGUAAAAACUCUUUAUUAUUAUUUUUACGAAGUCAUGCUGAUUCGAAGCCAAGCUUUACGGUGGGCAGUUUUCUUGACACUUUGUCUUCUGUUGGUGAAGGGGUUUCCUGCAAAAAGACGCAGAGCAAAUCACAUCAAGAGCAAGAGUGGUGCGUCUCUAGAGGUCAGAGGUCACAGUGGCUCCAAAGAUGUCAGACAGUCGCUGCAGGACAUUCAGCGGCAGAACCAACUGAGGAGCGCGCCGCCUUCGCCUCGCCGUCAUAAGAGGAGAUGGUCGCAGAUUCGCUCAGAGGGAGUCCUUCCCAAACCUGCUCCACAGGAAGAAGAUGAACCGUUCAUUUUAGACCUGAAGAACUUUCCCGACCUUGCCAACGCAGACCUGGGCUCCCAAAACCCCAACAUUCAAGUAACCAUUGAGGUUGUGGACAACCCACAGAUGGAGAUUGAGAUGGAUCUGGCCAAGGAGAGCAGGAAUGACUGGUCUUUGAGCUCGGAAGAGUGGCUGGGCCAUAAAAAGCUCUUCUGGCCACUGUUCUGGGAAUACCAUGACUCCAGUCAAGAAGGUCCCGGGCAAGGAAGUCUGGAGGAAAACGAGGAGGACCUCAGCUACGAAGGAGAAGAUUCCCUUUUGAGUGGUGUGGGUGCAGACUGGAACAGACGAUGGAAGGGCUGGGACUCCAUGGACAAUUACGAAUAUGAGGAGGAAGAAUGGAGCGAUUGGUCACCAUGCAGUGUCACCUGUGGACACGGGAAUCAGAAGAGGAUUCGUUCAUGUGGCUACGCCUGCACCGCCACAGAGUCACGAACAUGUGACUUAGAGCGUUGUCCUGAUGACAUAAUUCCUGUGACAGAACCGACUCUUGAAGUGGCAAACAGCACAGAGCUUUUUGACACAGAUGUUGACAGCUGUGAGAAGUGGCUGAAUUGCAAGAACGACUUCCUCCAAAAAUACCUACACCAGGUCCUGACCGAAUUACCUAACUGCCCUUGCAUCUACCCAUCCGAGGUGGUCUACAACGCAGUCAACAUUUUUGAUAGAAAGUUGCAAAAGACCUAUCGCUGGCGGGAUGCCAGCAGCCCCAAAGAGAGGCUGGACAUCUACAAGCCCUCUGCGAGGUUCUGCGUUCGCUCGAUGCUCUCCUUCGACAGCACCACUUUGGCUGCACAGCACUGCUGCUACGACGAUCACUUGAAGCUCAUCACUCGAGGCAAAGGGGCCGGAGCCCCCAACCUCAUCAGCACGGAGUUCUCCCCGGAACUUCAUUACAAAGUGGACGUGCUCCCGUGGAUCCUGUGUAAAGGAGACUGGAGCCGCUUUCAUUCGGUUCGGCCUCCCAAUAACGGACUGCAGUGUGUCGAGAACCCACAGGAAGACGUCUACAUGAAUGAACUAGAAGAGGCCAGGGAAUACUGAUCCAGGGAGCACUGGAUUUCAAAUCGAAUCAACCAGCGUUC